CAUCCGGGCGGGGCGCCCCCGUGUUUCCGGCGGGGCGGGGGGUUGCGUAGCAGCGCCGGGGCCGGGCGGGGGCCGGGGAGGCUGCGGCCGCCUCUGAGCCCUGCAGGGUCCCGGAGCAGCCCGAGGAGCCGGGGCUCGGCGCGAUCAAGCCCCUUUGUGACCUCCUGACUAUUCCUGUGGCAACAGGUCUUGGUCACAGGGAAGAAUGACGUUUUAAUCCGAACGAGGAGGAAGGGAAAAGAUGGGCCACUGGGAGCAGCUGCUUAAAAAGAGCAAUCAAAACCCACUCCUGUGUCUUUGCCAGAUUGGGAGGAAUUCUGCCACUGAAGGAGGCAGCACUUCUGGUCUGUGUGUUCAGUGCCCAAACAUCCUGAUUAAGCAUAUUUUCCCACUCGAGCAGAAAUGCUUUAUGGGGUUCUGGCGACGGUGAUGAGCAAUGGGGUAUGAUGUAGCCCGCUUUCAGGGGGAUGUUGAUGAAGACCUUAUAUGCCCCAUCUGCAGUGGGGUCCUGGAGGAGCCGGUGCAGGCUCCGCAUUGUGAGCACGCCUUCUGCAACGCCUGCAUCACCCAGUGGUUCUCCCAGCAGCAGACCUGCCCCGUGGACCGCAGCGUCGUCACUGUGGCCCACCUCCGCCCCGUCCCUCGGAUCAUGCGGAACAUGCUCUCCAAGCUGCAGAUCACGUGCGACAACGCUGUUUUCGGCUGCACAGCGGUCGUGCGACUCGACAACCUGAUGUCUCACCUCAGUGACUGCGAACAUAACCCAAAGCGGCCGGUGACGUGCGAGCAAGGAUGCGGCUUGGAAAUGCCUAAAGAUGAGCUGCCGAAUCACAAUUGCAUCAAGCACUUAAGGUCAGUGGUGCAGCAGCAGCAGACGAGAAUUGCUGAGCUGGAGAAGACUUCAGCGGAGCACAAGCAUCAGCUAGCCGAGCAGAAACGGGACAUCCAGCUGCUGAAGGCCUACAUGCGAGCCAUCCGCAGCGUCAACCCCAACCUGCAGAACCUGGAAGAGACCAUUGAAUACAAUGAAAUCCUAGAGUGGGUGAACUCCUUGCAGCCUGCCCGGGUGACGCGAUGGGGCGGGAUGAUCUCCACGCCGGACGCUGUGCUCCAGGCGGUCAUCAAGCGCUCGCUGGUGGAAAGCGGGUGCCCCACAUCCAUCAUCAACGAGCUGAUCGAGAACGCCCACGAGCGGAACUGGCCGCAGGGCCUGGCCACCCUGGAAACCCGCCAGAUGAACCGGCGCUAUUACGAGAACUAUGUGGCCAAGCGCAUCCCCGGCAAGCAGGCCGUGGUGGUGAUGGCCUGCGAGAACCAGCACAUGGGGGAGGACAUGGUGCUCGAGCCGGGGCUGGUGAUGAUAUUUGCACACGGAGUGGAGGAGAUCUAAAGACUUUUAAAGAGAGAGAAACAUUUUGUGCUUGAAAAAAAAAUAACUUGUCUAAGCCGCUGACAUCUUCUCCCCACCCCCGUCAGUCACAGCAUUAUAUCAGGGCAUUAUUCCUCCAAGCGUGUGGCUCGUAAUUUAAAAAGCGAUUAAAGGCCUCUGGCAAACGCUCCCUCGUCGCGCUGGGCAGUCACCCAGCAUCAAAUGCAAAAUGCGGUUUGCCUCUUGCAGCAGAUCCGCCUCCCAGUCCGGUGUCCGUGUGGCUUCUAACUGGCUUUGAAAAGCACACAGCCCCUUGAAACACUGCGGGCUUUAGAGCAGGCCUGCUAGGGCCUGAAUGCUGACACCUCUGCCGUCGUCCUGGCAUCCUGGCGUAGUCCAAACCAAACGGGCCAGCGGAUCUCGGCAUAGUGCUGCCCUGGGGUGACCCAACCGCACGGUGUUCACAUCUGUUCCAAAGCUUUAUUUUCCCCCCACCCCCCAUACCAGUUUCUUUCCUAACUCUGAGGCACCUGUGUGAAAGCCACAGCUCUCCAGCCGGCUCACACAUGCAUGUGUGGUGUGCAGGACUGCAAAGGCAGGUCUCGCUUUGCAGCCUGAGGUGGGAAGGGGGAUCCUGCUCAGAUACGCUGACGGUUCAGCCGGGGGGGCUAAGCCGCAGACACGAGCGAUGCCAAAUAACUGCCCCCCCUCUCCCCACAAACAAGUAGUGAGUUCAACAUAACGGUAUUUUGCAGCCAAACAGCUGAGCCGUCGAGCAAAUGCGCUCUGGAGCUUGGCCAUGUGGCCUUAUGCUGUGUUGGGGAGAAACCCGGCUUUAAGGGGGAAUUCGAAGUGGAACUAAACUCCUUCCUUGGACAGCCCUCCUGCUCUGAGCCUACCGGACACUCUGAGUAAGGAGAUGGACUCCAGAAGCCUGUAAUGUGGACAGCCUCUCUACCUGCCAUUGAAGGUAGAGAGCCUCCACUUCUUGCCCAGAACCUAGAUUCAGCUGUCCUGUUUGUGUGUGCGUUGAACAGUCUACAAAGAGCUUUAUGUAUUUUUUCCAGACACUUGUGAUUGUGAUUCGGUUUUUUUGUACCUUUUUUGCUUUAUUUGUAUUUUCCCUUUAUUUUAUUUUUUAAAUACAGUGGCCAGAAAUGCUGCCAGGUUCAAUUAAUUUUAUUUGUCGGGAAUUUAAUUUAUUUGCAUUUGUGGGAUUUUUUGUAGGGGGUGGGGGUGGGAUUUUUUUGGUUUUUGUUCCUUUCUUUCGGUGUUUUGUCUUGCCUGGAGACUUUGUUUCCUCUUUAGUUCAUUGUUUUGUGCCCAAAGUGGCUGCGUGUGGGACAGGGAGUGAAUUGUCAAUAAAUAAGAGGUUCUGAUUGCUUUAAACCAGACCUUGACACUACCAUC